AUGACGCUCCUUGACGCUCAUCUGGAGCAAAUUUCUCUUUGCGCUGCCUCAAUCGCAGAGCUACCGUAUGACCCCUCUGGAAACAGACGGAAUACGACAUUCAACCUCAAUGGCGGAGGCUCCACCAUUCUAGGUGGCGGCGCAAAUGCAGUCCGGGCUCCACGGCGGAACACAGCAGUAGCUGCUGUCCUGGGAACGGAUCUAGUAGAGAAGAUUCGACGAGGAGGCGGAGGUGGGGCUGGCACUGGCUUGGGCUACCGUACCUUCGAUGGGAGCAACAAAAACGAGGUGGACGUCGAAGUGUUAUUAGAGGGUGCCGAGAAGCUCCUCGGGGUGUACCCGAUACCCGGCGCAAGAGAGAGAAUCGCAUCCAUGCGCCAGCGACACAGGAGAUUAGAGGCAUCGAUAGAACACUACGAAUACCGCAUUGCAGAACAAACCACGCAACUAGGUAGGUUGAACCGAUCACGGGAGUAUAUGGACGACGAACCAGGGGAGAUCGAAGCACCUGUGGAAGCACUGGUCUUCGUACCGAUGACUGAAGAAGACCUGAAAAGGGAAGAGGACGAAGUUCGGCAGUUGGAACAGAAGAAGAGAGGAUUAGAAGACCGAAACGCACUCCGCAACGGGGCUCGAGGAUUUGCGCAGCAAGUCCUUGCAGGUGCACCGAAACUCUAUAGCAAGCACACGUCACAAACAGCGCGCUUCGAGGCAACCCGUCCAAUCUACCGCAAUGCCGUUGAAGGGGGUCUGAUAAAGGGCCAAAUUCCCACUGAACUAGGUGGCACUUCGAAUAACCUGAUCGACGCCGCAAUUGUAAUAGAAGAGUUCUUCGCUGUGGAACCAAGUGCUGCUUUGACUAUCUUAGGCACGGGAUUGGGCUUAACCCCGCUAAUUCUAGCAGGAAGUGCCGUGCAACAUGACACGUUCCUAAAGCCGUUCCUGAGUGGUGAUGGAGAACCACUGGCAGCAUUUGUGCAUUCUGAACCCGGUGGAACGGCCAAUUGGCUUGAGAAAGGUGCUCCAGGACUACAGACGACGGCUUGGAAGGAUGGAAAUGAGUGGGUUGUGAAUGGAGAGAAGCUCUGGACUACCAACAGCGGCGGCUGGGGCCAACGCGGUGCUGACCUCCAAUGCGUUGUCUGUCGUCAAUCUCCUCCCAAUAUCCCUCAAGAUCCGAACUCCGACCCAGUAUCAAACAUUCUCAUUCUUAUCGUUACUGGUGAAGAAAUCGCCAACAACGAGCCUUCUGCCUACACCGUCGUAUCUGACCCUGAACUUGUAGGAUACAUAUCCACCAACGGCCCUCAUUCCCGCUUCACGAAUUUCCGAGUUCCAAGUGCGAAUUUGUUGUGCCCACCAGGGCGAGGCGCUCAAACUGUUGAACAGACAUUCGGUUGCUCUGCCGCACUUGUCGGCGCGAUGAGUGUAGGGAUCAUGCGUGCUGCGUUCGAGGCCGCGCUCAAAUUUUGCAAAGCUGAUGCUCGCGGCGGCACGGUGCCAAUCAUUAAGAAACAAAGCGUUGCAGACAAACUGAUUGACAUCAAGAUGAGAGUCGAAGCCGCUCGAGCACUUACAUGGAAGGCGCUAAGCACUCUCGAGAAUGGACCCUGUGGAUGGGAGAACAAACUUGAGAUUGCAUUGGAGGCAAAGAUCUGGUGUAGUGAUCAAGCGCCGAAAGCGGUUGUGGAUGCCAUGAGCAUUGUUGGAAUGAAGUCUUACGAUAAAGAUUUGCCUUUUUCACGCCUUCUGGAAGACGCCGUCUGUCUGCCUCUUUUUGAUGGAGGAAACAUUGGAGUCAGAAGAAGACAGCUUGAGCGCAUUUUUCAGAAAGAGGAUUAUGAGCCUUGGGCUGCGACAUACACAUAG